GAAAACGCCGUCGCAGUUGUCUCCAACAAGUUUCCCGUUCCCCAGAGACCGAAGCGAAGAUGAUCUCCCAUCGUAUCCAGUGCGCUCUCGCCAUCCUGUUUCUCGCGCUGGCAAUCAACGGCUUGUCCGGCGCGCCGUCAGAUCUCAGGUUCCGUCAGUUUCUGCAAAGAUCAUUCAUCGCACCAGAAAGCAAACAGGAUCUCGACAGAUAUUCUGUUGCGGAACUGUUGUCGGAACUCGUGCAGUCAGAAAACGGAGCCCUGGAGUCUGAAGAGCUCACGCGCAGAGCCGCGCUAGAGGAGCCGCGGUUCCAGCUGGAGCGCGGCGCCAACGUAUUUCUGGCUCCGCGUGAACGCAAAGCCGGGUGCAAGAAUUUCUUCUGGAAGACUUUCACGUCCUGCUGAUCCCGACGCGUAAAACCUUGAGCCACGGGCACUUAGAAGUGUUUUUUUUUUCCAAUUUAAUUUAUUUUUAACUGUCCUUCAAAAACCUCCAUCAUAAAACCGGUGGACUGUAAAUAAAACAUCUUAUCAACUGUUACUGUAUAUUUGUGAUUUAAAAGUGCAAUUGACUAUAUUUUGAUUUCAUGAUGAAGUAAUUUAUAUUUUUAAGAGAGCUCUGUGUGAAAGAAAGGUGUGCAAAAAGGCUGCUAUCACCAGUUGUAUGUGUCGUUCCAUUCUGAAAGAUGUGCUUUAAGCUGUCCAUUUCAAUAAAUAGUUUUCCACAAGCCAA